CCUCUAGCACCUGCCACGGUUUGCCUAGUGUGACUUGUCUGUCAAACCUAAUUUACAAGGUAUUAGAUUCGGCCAAAAGUUUAUCUGUGCGUCGGAAGUAGUCCUAAUAAUAAUCCACAUGCAACGUGCAAAACAAACGAUCAUCUUAUAAAAAAUACUUUAAAAUUCUAUUUAAUCAACAUAAAAGAAAGAUGAUUGAUAAAUGAAAGGGGACAGCUUCAUGGGCUUGAGUAAUGGCGGGUCAAAGUUAUCACCGUGGGCCAUUGGUCCACGUGUCAAUAGUAAACAGCCGCCACGUGUACACGUAUCGAGGGGGUGCGCUGUACCUGUACGCGAUCAUUGUCGUCAUCAUCAAUCAUCCUUCUCACGAUAGAAACAAACGAAACUGUGGCGGGGGGAAGGAGGAGCAAAAGCGUCUCUGUGACUCGCGCACAACGCCAGCAAAUCAGGAUUCAACACGUGGCCACCACUACCUAACUUCUUUCCCCUACAAAUAUGCCCCAACUCCCCUGCUCUCCCCCUCCCAUUUAUCUUCAGUUUCGAAAUCAGCUCAGAGAGAAGGCAGAGUUCAGUGAUCGUAACUAAGUAGUGGAAUUUCGAAGCAGCGAAAUCGAGAAUGGGAGACACAGCGACGUGUGUUGAUAUUAUUCUGGCGAUUCUUCUGCCUCCACUCGGCGUCUUCCUCAAGUAUGGCUGCAAGAUUGAAUUCUGGAUUUCUCUGCUAUUGACUAUCCUUGGUUAUAUACCUGGAAUCAUCUAUGCUGUUUGGGUCAUCACUAAGAACUGAUCCUCUGCUCUAGGACAAAAGAUGCAAAAGGGAAUUUCAUAUAUUUAAUUGGUGGACAGAUAUAGAUUAUUUAUAUAUGGUUAUUGAUUUGUUUGAUGGUGUUGAGCUGGAAGCUCCUCUCUUCUUUCCUUUCCCUUUUGACCCCUUUUCUUAUGUGCCAAAUCUCUUCAUGAUUUGAUUUGAUUUGAUUGUAUAAUAUAAUAUAAUAUAUCUGCAUAUAUAUAUUAUAUGAUUGUAUUGUUCUCUUGUUAAAUAUUGAUCGAGUGAUUUGUAGUCGUCUAUUAUGAGCCUUGGGUAGGCCACACUGUGUAUAAACUUUGUAUGUAUGUAUGUAUGUUUGCUUAUUGAAUAUGGGAUGUUCCUUGCCUGUC